AUGAACAACAAGCCAACCAUACCACUCCUCGAAGCUAGCAUCAGUGACCUCAAACGGUUGCUAGACGAUCGAAUUAUUUCCAGUGUUGAGCUUGUCGCGCUUUACCUCCAUCGAAUCGGCAAAUAUGACUGCAGAGGUCCACGUCUGAACUCAAUUUGUUUAAUCAACCCUGAGGUAUUCGCUGAAGCCAAAGCUUCGGAUGAUUAUCGUGCGUCAGGAAAGCAGCCACGACCUUUAGAAGGUAUUCCGUUCACGGUCAAAGAUAGCUACAAGGUCAAAGGCAUGACAGUUGCUGCUGCUUCCCCUGCCUUUGCGAACCUUGAAGCAACCUCGGAUGCUGCUAUCGUCGAGCUACUCCGGAAAGCAGGCGCAGUCGUCCUCGGCAAGACCAACAUGCCGCCAAUGGCUGACGGAGGAUGUCAGCGCGGUUUAUAUGGACGCUCCGAGAGCCCGUAUAACCACAAGUACAUGUGCACUGCAUAUGCCUCGGGCUCUUCUUAUGGCUGUGGUGUGUCCACCGCCUCUAGCCUCGCUGCCUUUGGUUUCGCCGGGGAAUCUGUCACCUCGGGUCGCUCGCCAGCAUCCAACAAUGCACUGGUUGGCUAUGCUCCUUCCCGCAGUAUGAUAUCUCCUCGAGGGUUAUGGCCUUUAUAUCCAACUUGCGACCAGGUCGUUCCUCACACCAGGACCAUGAUGGACUUAUUUCACGUAUUGAACGUUAUCGUCACUGAUGACGACGAUGCUGGGGACGCUGACUUUUGGCGUUCACAACAAUUUGUAUCGCUCCCCAAGGCUAACGAGGUUCGUCCGGUAGACUAUUUCGCGCUCGCCAACCCGGAUGCCCUUCGCCACAAGCGAGUAGCUGUCCCUCGAUGCUUCAUCGGAAUUGAAGGCACGAAGCCAGAAAACGCAUGCUCUCCGGGUGUCAGGGCGCUCUGGGAUAGAGCUCGAGCAGAUCUUGAGAAACUAGGCGCUACUGUCAUCGAGACUGACUUUCCGCUUUUUGAGAACUACACCAAACAAGACUUCCCUGGUCAGAGCAUUAACGUGCCUAAUCUUUCUACUGCGUGGGCGGCGCGCGAGCGUUGUGAGAUGAUUGCUCUCAGCUGGGACGACUUCCUGCGCAGCAAUCGCGAUAAGGACAUACCGGACUUCACGUGUGUUGAUAUCGACAAAAUUCACCCUCAUAUUGCUCCAAUGGAUGAUCCAGCCCAGCACACCGAAUCCCAGAAUCAAGUUCGCUAUGAGGACAUGGUAGCUGCGGUGAAGAGCCGGGGAAACAAUAGCCUCACCGAUCUACCUGAGUGCGGGGAUUCACUCCAGGCCUUGGAGACCAUGCGGAAGAAGGACUUGGAGGACUGGAUGACCCAAAACGAAUAUGACGCCGUCGUAUUCCCAACCAAUGGCGAUAUUGCCUUGGCUGAUUCAGACGAAAACUAUGAGUCGAUGGUUUCUGCAUUACGCGACGGAGUCAAGUAUGCUAAUGGCGGCCGAUCGCUAAAGCAUCUUGGAGUUCCUUGUAUCACCGUGCCCAUGGGCAACCUUGCAGAUGAGAAGAUGCCUGUUGGCCUCACCUUCUGCGGCAACGCGUAUGAUGAUUCUAAGCUAUUGAGCUAUGCCUACGCCUACGAGACAGCGUCGAAACGUCGGGUCACUCCACCAUUGGCGGCAUUGUUGCCUUCAGAUGAAAUUACAAUUGCUGCCUCCAAGCCUUCACCUCCGACUAUGAUAACACCAAUUUUGACCAUCACGUCGACGUCAGCUGUAAGCGAGAACACGCCUGAUCUUGAUGUUCGCGUGGUGGAAUUAAAAGGAACCUGUUCUCUAUCAAGCUCAAUUGAAGCACGAUUGAGCUUGGAGAUCUAUGCCAAUGGGGAACCAACUCAGCCCGUGAGCUGGGUGGGAAAUAACUGGAAAUGGACCGCUCGUCUUACUCGACCGAAGAGUAACGACAAGUACCCGCCCUUAGCGAAAGUCCCAAGGGAUCAGUUUCUCAUAGUAUUGAUCUCAAAAUCAGACAAUGGACGCUCUUCUGGCUCUUUUAUCUUGGUAGACUAG